CCUCUACGGCAACUCCUCGGCAGCCUGACCGACCGUAUGUAGACCGUGGUGAGGCGCCACUGACACAGACGAGCAUUUUUCGAGACCGCCGUGGUCAUUUGCCGUGGGUUCGGCAGGGCGAAGGAGGACCCUGAAGUGACCCUCGAUUGACGUAAGAGACCGCUUUGGUGCACUCACGAUCAUGGGAGAGCGGCUGAAUCGGCGUAGACGAUAACGUCCCAUCCGCAUCCCGCUUGGCUCUCCGCAAAGGGACAAGAACAGUAUCCCCUGCCCUGUUUGCCAUUGUGAUUUUCAGGCCAGGGCAGUUUGACAUCAUAUCCCGUGCGGCCCACAACAGCCGUCCAGUCUCUCUACCGGAGCUUAGAAGCGAGGGAAAAAAGUAUAUAGUCUCGAGGCGAGCCCCUGGACUCAGCAACAUCGCCCUGAUUUCAUUGCUACCCUCCAUUGCACACCACCCCUCCUGACCCUAUACCAACAUGGCCUCUUACGUGCAGCGUGGUGUUGACCACUUCAACUCAGCCCUGGAUGCAAAGCUCCUGGCGCGAGGUUCCAUCGCUUCCAACGCUUUGGUCGCAGACAUUGACAUCACUGAUGCUGCCACUGACUUUCUGUGGGCUAUCUUCGCCGUGAUGGCCUUCACCACAAUUGCCAUCCUCUUCUACGCCAACUUCAUGGUGCCCCGUCACCAGCGUGCCUUUGUGUACCUCUCCGCCGCCAUCACUGGUACUGCCUCGAUUGCUUACUUCUCCAUGGCCUCUGACCUGGGUUCUACCCCCGUUACAGUGGAGUUCCUCAACGGUUGGGACACCGCCAACUCCAGCGGUGUAUACCCCACGCGCUCCAUCUGGUACGCCAGGUACAUUGACUGGACUAUCACCACGCCUCUGCUACUCCUCGAGCUGCUGCUGAUCAGUGGUAUGCCCCUUUCGAAUGUCUUCUUGACCAUCUUCUGGGACAUUGUGAUGAUCGAGACUGGUCUAAUCGGAUCUCUGGUCACCUCGCAGUACAAGUGGGGCUUCUACGUAUUUGGCUGCAUCGCCAUGUUCCUGGUCUUCUACGAUCUCUACGUCGUCGGCUGGUCCUCGGCCAAGAAGCUCGACCCCUCCCUCGGUCGUACUUACAUCACUGGAACUGCUAUGCUCUCCUUCCUCUGGUUCCUGUACCCCAUUGCCUGGGGAUUGGCAGAUGGUGGAAACCAGAUCUCCCCUACUGGUGAGAUGGUCUUCUACGGUGUCCUCGAUCUCCUUGCCAAGCCCGUCUUUGCCAUUGUGCACCUGGUUGGUCUGCGAUCGCUCAACUACGAUGUCCUCGGUCUGCAGUCUGGUAAGCGCUCCGCUUACCAGGAGGCUGCCGGCACCGGUGGUGGUAUUACUAGCACCAGCAAGGGCCAGGAGGCUAGCCACGGUCACGGCUCACCUUCCGAGACUGCCGUCCACGGCAACGCUUAGAAACUCGCACCUUUUCCAGUCCUGUUCUCGGCUCUUCCGAACUCUUUACCUGCCUUGAACCGGUUGCUAGAUGAAAGCAGUCUCUGCUUUCACCUUUCAGUCCUUCUUCCCAUGUAUGUCUCUUGCCAUCGAUGCACCUUGUGCGUCUUGUGCUUGUAUGAACAACAUCGAUACACGACCCGGUUUCGCCUCCUGUACCUUCUAUCUGUAUGAUCCUUGCAGUCAUCGUGCUCUUGCUUGCAUGGAACUACAUUGACACACAUGCUCGCGUC